GGCGUCAAGCGGCACCAUGUGGAUUAAGCGGCUCCGGGGAAGCAGGUCAGGCUGCCCGGCAGGAAGCCAUGCUUGGAUAUUAAUAGCCAUGUUCCAGCUAGCCUCGGACUGGGCYGCCUGCGAGGCGCUAGCCGCGCGCCAGGGCGACCGGCUGACGCAGAGGCCCGCGCCGCGCCACCGCCUGCCCGCCGGCCCUUGGUGGAGCGCCAGGGAGCUGCGCGUCGCCGGCCCCGCUUGGAGCCAGGGCCCCGCUCGCGCCGAGGGGCCGCGCUGGCGUGGCAGGAGCGGGGCAGCGGGCGGCCUGCGGGCGGCAGCGACCCGGCGCCCGCAGCCCCGCGCUGCCCGCGCCAGGAGGCAGCUGCGAGGUGGCGCCUUCCGCCAGAGGGACGGCAGGGCCACCGCGGUGCCCGAAGUCAUCGUGUGGGGCCCCACGGGCGAGGAGGACUCCGUGGAGACCAGCACGCUGCCCGCGCGCUUCGGCCCCGCCACCACCGCCUCGGCCUGGCAGACCAGGGCUGCCACGCAGGCCGCCGCCACCACCACGAGCGCCCCUUCCACCGCGGCGCCGCCGCCGCAGGGGCCGCCCCCGAGCCCGGCGGGGGACACGCGCGGCAGCCACCCCGGCCGCGGGAGCACCACCGAGCCCGAUGAUGGCCCCGGAGGCAACGGCAAGGAGGCCCGGCCGCCCCGCAUCCUGGGAGACACGUCAGGUCUGGCGGUUCAUCAGAUAAUCACGAUCACGGUGUCGCUCAUCAUGGUCAUAGCUGCUCUGAUAACGACUCUUGUCUUAAAGAACUGCUGCGUGCAGAGCGGGAACACGAGGCGUAACAGCCACCAGCGCAAGAUCAAUCAGCAGGAGGAGAGUUGCCAGAAUCUGACAGACUUCACCCCCGCGCGGGUGCCCAGCAGCCUGGACAUCUUCACGGCCUACAACGAGACGCUGCAGUGCUCCCACGAGUGCGUGAGGACGCCCGUGCCACUCUACACGGAGGAGGCGCUGCACUCGCCGGGCGCCUACAAAACGGCUUUCAACGGGAACAGACCCUCCUCUUCUGAUCGGCACCUUAUUCCUGUGGCCUUUGUGUCUGAGAAAUGGUUUGAAAUCUCCUGCUGACUGGCCGAAGCCUGUUUGACUUCGCGGGGGCAGGACAGACGCCACGCAGCUCUUUCCUGGAUUCCUCUGGCGAACCUGUAAAAAAAUACUAAUGGGUUUCCUGUACCUCCCAUUUGUGUCCACCAGUAGGAGACUCAAAGAGCAGCAUCUAUGGGCCAAAUAUAUUUUUAUAGAAAUGAACAUGCCUAUAGGUAACUGCGUUUUUCAAGGAGUGCAUUUUUUGGAGAAGAGAAAAAAAUGUGCGAGCGAAGGAUGCUGUGAAGAAGGAGGAAAACGAGGAGGAAAAAAGGACAGGACCGAACGCCUGGAGCUUGGGAUACGGACUAUGAAUUUGAACCUGUGCCAAUAAUACCGUUAUGUGCCAUGUACUGAUGCAAAGACUUCACGAGAAGCCGAAGCUAAGUCAAUAACACAUAGAGAUGUUAGAGGAAACGGGUGGGGUGGCAUCUCUCCUGGUAGAGUCAUUAAUUCUUGUCACUAUACAUACAUAUUAUAUAUAGAGAAAAAAUAUAUAUACACACACAAACACUUUUUGUACUGUAGCAAUUUUUGACGAUCUUAAAUACUCAUUUUUAAAGAAAUGUCAUGGGCUAAAAAUCUAAUUUCUUUAACAUGCAUAAUAUGAACUAGAUAAAGGGAUGUUUUCUACUUUGG